AUGCCUAAGGGCAGGAAGCGUCACUGGAAUAAAUUUUCGGCCGCCCUCUCGGUCGACAACUCACUUACACGAACGCCGGGCGACGGUGAAUCACGCCAUCGAAAUAUGAAUCGAGGAAAGCGCACAAAAGAAGAACCCGAAUGGGAUGAAGAGGCCCCUUUCCGGACUGGUUUCACCGCUUAUGUCACGAAUGGUGGGUGGAACAUGAUGGAAUCGAUUCUCUCGAUCUUGAUAUUGGAGAAUUCGACGAGGACCUAUCUUCUUGAGUAUGACGACGAGGAGAAACCGGACCCUCAUUAUGGACAUGAAUUAAUUGUCAAGAAGGAUGAUGCUGGAUCACAAACUAGGGUUUUCUACGAACUUAAUGAAUUGCGUGAAGAUCGAAAAGAGCAAGCGGCAAAGGAAAUGGCCAUUGAAUGGCAAAGGUCAUAUGAAGAUAAGGUGCAUGCCGCAUUUAUGUCUUCUCUAAACGCGACGAAGCUAGAUAAUAUGGCUCUUUCAAUUCGUGGUCAGUAUACGCUCUAUUAUGCUGAUAAUGAAUGCAUGGUGUUUUCCACAAACGCCAUAUGUGAAAUUCUAUCCCUACCAUGA